AUGGUGAAAGCCACCAGCGUAAAAGACGUGGACCAGCAUGAAGCUGUGAAGCAAAUCGCUCACUUCCUCAAAAAGAGUGGCAAGGUGAAGGUUCCCGAGUGGUCAGACAUCGUCAAACUUGGAACUAAUCGGCAGCUUGCUCCCGUUGAUCCUGAUUGGUACUACAUUCGCACCGCCAGCAUUGCUAGACGUCUCUACAUUCGAUCUCCAGCUGGAGUUGGUGCUCUGCGAACUGUUUUCGGUGGAAAGAAAGGGCGUGGUUCUCGACCUAACCAUUUCAAGAAAGGAUCCGGCUCCGUAGUGCGCAAGGCCUUGCAGACCCUCGAAGCUAUCAAAUGGGUUGAGAAACAUGCAGAUGGCAAGGGUCGAGUCUUGUCAAAGCAGGGAAGAAAGGAUUUGGAUCGAAUUGCAACCGAACUUCGUCAGCACGUUAAACCGAUUGAGCUCUAA